UCAUUCAUAAUAUUUUGGCUAAACUUUGGAAAUGUAUCCAGGUCAAUUUAAUAAUUCAAAUAACCAAAAGCCGCCUUAUCCUGGUUUUAAUACCAUGCCAUCUCCUUUUUCAGAUUCAAAUCCAUCUAAUAUGAAUGCAUCAAGCAACCCUCCAUAUCCUACAUCAUCUAAUUAUCCAUCAGUGAACAACCCUACUGAUAAUCAAUAUCCAACUAAUAACCAAUAUCCAACAACUAAUCAAUAUCAAGCUAAUCAAUCAACAAAAAAUCCAUAUCCAGCAAAUAACUCAUACCCAUCAAAUAAUCCAUAUCCAACAAAUAAUCCAUAUCCAACAAAUAAUUCAUAUCCAACAAAUAAUCCAUAUCAGAAUCAAAGAGCUCAGAAUAUUUCAGGAGAUUCUUUAUAUAUGAAUAAUCCUAGUUUGCAACAAUAUGCUAAUCAAAAUAAAUCAAGUUAUAAUCCACCUCUCCUUCCUCAACACAAUGAUCCAUAUCAAAAUAUAAAUUCAAGAUAUGGUCAAAAUGAAUCUAAUCUAACUUCUUAUGAUCAAUCCAUCUAUAAUCAAAAGCCAUCAAGUUUUGGGAGUAGUAAUCCAAGUCAAAUAAAUGAUUUUGCACCAACAAUCCAUGAUUAUCCUAAUUUCGACCCAAGAUCAGAUGCCGAAGCACUUAGGAAGGCAAUGAAAGGAUUGGGCACAGAUGAGAAGACCAUAGUGAAUGUUUUGGGGAAAAGAUCGAAUAAACAACGCCAACAAAUCAUCGUGCAAUACAAAAUGCUAUAUGGAAAAGAUCUGAUAAACGAUUUGAAGGGCGAACUUUCUGGGAAAUUCGAAGCCGUAAUCAUAGCUCUACUUGUGCCUACAUAUGAAUAUGACGCUCGUUUACUUAGAGGAUCGAUUAGAGGCUUAGGAACCGAUGAAGAUCUAUUAAUCGAGAUUUUAAGCAGUAGAAGUCCAUCCGAUAUCCGACAAAUCAAACAAGUCUAUCAACAAUUAUUUAAAAAGGAUCUGGAAAAGGAUAUUAUAAAUGACACGUCUGGCCAUUUUCAACGUUUAUUAGUAUCUCUCUCUACGGGGAUGAGAGACGAAGGCAAUAACAUAGAUCCAAGUUUAGCCAAAAGAGACGCCGAGGCCUUAUUAAAGGCCGGAGUCAAAAAAUGGGGCACAGAUGAAAGCGCAUUCAACGCAAUUUUAGCCUCGAGAAAUUUUAACCAACUAAGGGCUACUAUGGACGAAUACCGUAAAAUAUCUGGUCAUACCCUAGAGCAGGCUAUAAGGUCCGAAAUGUCGGGAGACUUGGCUAAUGCUAUGACAGCUGUCGCGAAAUGUGCUCAAUAUAGACCCGCAUAUUUUGCCGAGCGACUUUACAAUUCCAUGAAAGGAAUCGGUACUAAUGAUGACAUGCUAAUAAGAAUAGUUGUUACGAGAUGCGAGGUUGAUAUGCAAAAUAUCAAAUCAGAAUUUCAAAGGCUCUACGGAAAAUCUCUGGAAUCUUUUAUUUCCGGAGACUGCUCUGGUGAUUACAAAAGAGUUUUAAUUGCGUUGGUUCAGGGAAAUUUUUAAAAAGUAGAUAUGUACUAAUAAUAAUAUUUUAUUUGACAAUUUAUUCUUUUAAACGACUUAUUUUUCUUUUUUAUUAUAUAAUAUAUAAAUAGUACUUAUCAAAUUAUGACAUUCUAUUUCUAACAUUUUAGGGAAAAAAUAUAUACUAUAUUAUACAAAAUAUGUUUUUAUAAUAUCUAAUAUUUACUCGACAGAAAUUUAAUAUUUUAAAAAAAUCGGUUAAAAUUUAUAUUUUUAGCAUAUUGUAUAUUAACUCUAAAUUAUAUAUUAUUUUAAAGGUAUAUUUGUUUUUAAAAAUUAAAUCUAGAUUAUUUAUAAAUAUAAAUUUCAUCAACGAAUUAAUUAACUGAUUAUAUAAUUCAAUCUGUAAAUCUAAUAGAUUUAUUUAUAGAUAUUUAUUGCCCAUAUUCUAUUUUAUUUAUUACAAUUUGUGAUAUUCAUUAUAAAAAUAUUUGUAAAAUUCAAAAUGUGUGACUAAUAUUUCCCAGAAUAAUAUAGUGUACUAAAUAUUGUCGAAAGGGUUGACAGAAUUAAAUAUCAAAGUUUAUUUUCUAACGCCAUUAAUAACCACCACUCUCGCACACACAAACAUUAUUUUAAAAUCUUUUAUUAAUAUAAAAUAUCGAUUAUACUAUUUUUAUAAAUAAUAAUUAAUAAUGGAAAUAAUAUAUGAUCUAUAGAUAUCUCUUUAUUCAAAAUUAUACUCGAUUGGCUAAAAAAAGAAUAAAGUUCGACCUAUUUUUA